UUCUUUCCCCAAACACAAGAGCCCUAGCGCCGCGUCGGAGAAUGCGGCGGCGCAAACUGCCGCCGCCCGGCGGUCCUAUUGAGAGGAGGAGGAGGAAGUUGGAGUUGGAGGAGCAUGAACCUCCGCCUGUUGACCUCAUCAGCACUCUCCCCGACGAGCUCCUCGGCGAGAUCAUCUCCCUCCUCCAAAUUAAGGACGCCGCCCGCACCCAGAUCCUAGCUUCCCGGUGGCGCCGCCUCUGGCGCUCCACCCCCCUCAACCUCGACUGCUGUCAUUUGUUCUCCAUCAAGGACGAAGACAUGUCCUAUCUCUGCCCAUCGCUCGUCCUUUCAGCCCACCCGGGCCCCGGCCGCCGCUUUUGCCUCACGACGAACUCCUCAAUGACUACCCCUACCUUGGACCACUGGCUUCGGUCCGCCGCUCUGGAUAACCUACAGGAGCUUGAGUUCGCCCGCCACGGGUUCACCUCCCCAGUGCCGGCAUCAAUCUCCCACUUUGCACACAGCCUCCGUGUCGCAAACAUCAGGCACUGCACGCUCCAGGACGCCGCCGUCCAAGGGCUUCAUUUUCCCCAGCUUAAGCAGCUCGGGCUCGAAUGUGUCCACGUCUCGGAGUCCUCGGUGCACCGCCUGAUCGCCGGAUGCCCCGCACUAGAGUUCUUGCUGAUCCUCAGUAGCUCCGGCUUCCACAGCCUCCGGAUCAACUCCCUCAGCCUUAGAAAAUUAUGCAUACGCACCUCCGGAUCAACUCAGCCCCAGUUCGGGGAACUCAUCAUUGAAAACGCCCCUCGUCUUGAGAGCUUGAUUCAUCUGUAUAAGAUUUGGAGGAUCGGUGAUCUGUCCGUAUACACCGCGCCUAAAGUGGACGCCUUGGACUUCCUUGCUGAUUUGAAAGGAUUUCGUCAGGGAUUGCUCGUUUUUAGCACGACGGAGGUGGUGCGCAAUGUCAGGAGUUUAUCCGUCAAUAUGGGUCGACUAAUUUUGGACAACAUUGUCCGCUUGAUGAGAUUAUUUCCAAGCUUGGAGGAGCUACACGUGAAGUCUGGUGUAUCAUCCGAAUCAAAUUGAUGGCGUAGUAAACACAAGGAUUUUAUAAGAUGUCAUGACAUCCGUCUGAAGAUUGUGGUGCUGGAAACGUAUCAGGGCACGUCAUCGCAUGUUAACUUUGCCACAUUCUUUCUACUGAACGCGAGAAUGCUGGAGCUGAUGACAUUUCAUAUCGAGGCCAGUAUUUACAGCGACGAGUUCUUGGUAGAACAACGUAAGAGGCUUCAGCUAGAUAACAGGGCUUCAAGAGGUGCUCGGAUUCGUUUUACAACUGCUAGCGGUCAACAUGCUGUUUGGAGCACCAAGCAUCUCGGCGAGUUUGACUUGAAUGAUGAUCCUUUCACAUGUAGAUGUUGAAACUGGGUAAACCUUGCGGACGACAUGCAUCGAGGGUUGUGAGAGUAGCAUCUUCAGUUUACUGCUUCACUACACAAUGUCCUCACACUUAUGCCAUACAUUGGGGCUAUGUCGUUGGUAACACUUUAAAGGUCAUUAUGUCCUGUUGAACUGUUAUGGAGUAUUUGAAGCUUUUAUUUCA